UUUAAAAAUUUGCAUACAACCUUAUCUCCUGUGCAGAAUUCUUGAAUGUGCUUAGACACAUACCGGUACCAUGCCUACUGGAUUGGAGAAGCAGACCGCCCAGCGGGCGACAGACUGCGGGGAAACACCUGCCUAUGACAGCAAAGUGACAGCUCCCAGGAAUCCAAAACUUAUACGAGGGCCUAAAGAAGAAAUAAAGAUGACCCCUUCUUCAUUUAUGAAAGAAAUAUCGCAAACAACAGAGGAAAAGCUGGCAAACACACACUUGAUGCACAUACCCAAAAUCAUUGAGCUUAUGGAUAUGGGUGAUAAUACUCACCAAAAGUUCUCCAAUGUUGAUAUAGAUGAGCCUCUGUUCCAGCCAUUCCCAUCAGAGGUCACAUUCCAGCAGUUUGAGCCUCACAUCAUCUAUGAAGUCCCUCUUCUACUCAGAAAUAAUGACAAGGUUUCCAGACUGGUCAAGGUAUACCAAGCAGACUCACCGUACUUCAAGAUCAUCAGUCCUCCAGAUGUGACUACCAAGGUGGCUCCUGGUAUGGCUACCAUCUUCAGGAUACAGUUCACACCAUCAGAGAAAAGGGACUACAUCCACGAGCUAAUCUGCAUGACGGAGAGGGAGAAGUUUGUAGUCCCGGUGAAGGCCAUCGGAGCCAGGGCCAUGCUGGACUUCCCAGAUGAGGUCAACUUUUCAAUGUGCCCGGUCAAGUACCCUAGUACCAAGACCUUACUGGUCAGGAACAUCGGCAACAAGGAAGCUCACUUUGCUCUCUAUACUUCAGGACCAUUCUCAGUCUCCCCAGAAAAUGGGUCCCUGGCAAUUAACGACAGCCUCCAAGUGGAACUGACCUUUCAACCUAUGACCGUCGGAGAUCACAACGAUAACCUGGUCAUCAACUUUGACUCAGGUGAAGACGUUGGUGUGAAUCUCUACGGAGGUGCUUACGACGCCAACGUGCGACUUGACAAGAAUUCACUGAGGAUCGAGAACACCUACAUCUCCAUGGCCAAUCAGAGGACAGUAAUUGUUGCCAAUCGCAGUGAUGUCAUCGUACACUACAAGUGGAAACAGUGUGCUACGGCAGAGGAGGAGGAGCAACAAAAACAAGGAUUUUUUGGUCACAUAGAAUCCGAGGAGUCAACAGAGCAUGAUGCCUUCCUUCAAGAAUGCAUCAUGGACCCUACUCUAAGGGAUCGUAUGGCUAUCCUCACACGCACGUUCCAGAACAGACGCACGCUUGUUCGAGGUGACGAACUGUUGUUCACGGACGAUGCCUUCAACAUUAUGCCCCAAGAGGGAGACAUUUGGCCUAAUUCAACCUGCGAGAUCAACGUAGUCUUCAAACCUACCGUGGCCAAGGCCUAUAACCAGAUAGCCUAUUGUGACAUUGUCGGUCGUGAGACCAGGCUCCCGCUCAGACUAAAGGGAGACGGGAUCGGACCGCAGGUCUUCUUCUCCUAUGACACCAUGAACAUGGGACACAUCUUUAUCAACUCGAAGCAUUCAUACGAGGUGGUGCUUGGUAACCGUGGGGACAUCGAUGCUGCCUUCCGCCUGGUGCCCUCCGACUCCACCUUUGGGCCUUACUUCAGCUUCUCCCCCAGCUCCGGGGUGCUGGAGCCAGGAGCCUUCCAGGCCAUCGAUGUGACCUUCUCCUCCCCUCACCUGGGGGACUUCAGUGAAGACUUCUUCUGGGAGGUGGAAGGGCUACCGUACCAGCACAAGCUCAACUUCAGGGGCUGUGUUAUAGGACCCACCUUCCAUUUCGAUGUCCCCCGCCUCAAGUUUGGCACCAUUUCUUAUGGCUUCAAGAGCACCGAGGUAGCCACCUUGGUGAACACGGCCCUGGUACCCAUGGGUUUCAGCCUGAGAGUGCCUGGGGACGGGGAGGGUGAUGUGGUGUCUGCUACCAGUGGUGAGGUGACCCUGGGGAGGUCCAACCUCAGCACCCCUGCCAGGGAGUUCCAGAUCGUUCCAUCCUCAGGCACGGUGGACCCUCAGAGUGAAGUCAAGAUUGAGGUUGAGUUGACUUCCAACUCCCUCAAGAAGUAUGAUCUUGCCCUUGUGGUCGAUGUAGACGGAGUGGGACAGGAGCUGCUCUCGCUACCCAUAUCAGCAAAAUGUGUAGUGCCUUCCAUCUCUGUGGUAACACCAAUCCUAGACUACACCCGCUGCUUCCUGAACCAUCCUUACGAGCUAAGCGCGAGGCUGUGUAAUGACACUGACCUUCCUGCUAAAUAUGACCUCGUUCCACAAGAGGUAGAUGAGAUGAGCCCUAUGCUGUUCAGCAGUCCAGAGCCGACAGGGAUCCUACCCCCUCACACCACCCGCCGUGUACCCCUAGUCAUUACCCCUCAAGGACUGGAGGAGCUGGAAACCUAUGCAGAGUUCAGUAUCUUUGGUAGCAUGGAACCUCCUCUGCAAGUGGUGUUGAAGUGCAUAGGAGAGGGGCCAGUGGUCCACGUGACCCCUACUGAGAUGGACUGGGGUCAGACCCAGGUUCUGAAAGACAUCUCCAGGAUCGUGACCCUGUCCAACGAGUCUCUCAUACCAGCCCCAUUCACAUGUCACAUGGUUCGUCCCAACACCUCGUGGAAGGUUGAACCAAGCGAGGGCGUGAUCCCACCAGAGGAUACUGUGGAAGUCACACUCACUGUCAACCUUGAUGAUUGCAUCAGGUUCCAGGAUAAGCUGGCCAUUGAUUUUAAGGAUAGCCAGACGAGGAUCAUCAAGGUCCAGGCCUAUGGUCAUGGGUCCACCAUAGUCUCGGACCCACCUAUGACCCCCACCAUUGAGCUAGGCCAUCAUUUCAGUAGUAAGCCCAGCACAAGGACCUUCACGCUGACCAACAAGGGACGUCGUCAUCAGCAGCUAUUCUGGACCACAGAGGGCUUUGCUCCGAUCAAGAUCAAGAGCAGAGAACCAGAGUACAACCCACUGGAUGUCAAGUACCAGAAAAUGCCUCCUCCCGCUCCACCUCCAAGACCUGUGUUCAGCCUGACGCCCUCUAGGUUUGAACUUGAGGCAGGAGAGAGUAUUGAGGUCCAUCUUGAAGGAGCAAGCUCAGAACCCAAGACAGUGAAGGAGAGGAUGUUAUGUCAUGCCAUCAUCGGCAGGACCAGUGGCAAAGAGAAGAUCAUGAAGACAGACAUCAGUAUCACCUUCAUCAGCCCUGUACUUGAGUUCUCCUCCAAGCAGGUGGCCUUCAGAGUAGAUAAGCAUCCUGAUGAUGUCCUGACCAUGCAGUACAAUGAACUGACCAUGACCAACGUGUCGUCACUGCCCCUGCAUACCACCGUCCAGCUGGAGAAGCCCUUCCAACUAAUUGAAGAUGGGAUUGAAGCCCUCUCCUGUCUGGAGGUGCCUCUGGAGGUUGGUGAGAGUAAGCUGAUGACCAUUCAGUUUGAUCCUGCCUAUCAGAAUGAUUCACACAGCCGUAUCGCUGAGAAACUGCUGACUCUCACAUACCUAGAGCAUCCGCACACUGACUACGUCAGCCUGCGUGGCGAGGUCUUCUUCCCCAACCUGACCUUUGAGAAGAUGCAGGUCAGCUUCGGUUGCAUCCUCAACGACACGGAGGUCACUCGCUACGUCAACAUCACUAACAACAGCCCCAUGGCCGUCAACUACCGCUGGUCUUUCCUGGAACCAGAGACGCCCAUCAUGCUCUACCCCCUGCCAGUCCCUGCACCUCGAGUUGAGCCUGUGGAAGAAUAUGAAUCCGAGUCGGAUGAGGAAAGCGAAGCAGAGACACAUGUAGCCUUUGAGGAACCUCUCCUUGGUGAUGAUGAUCACCAGAUGGAGGAAGGUGAACAGACAGAACGAGAGAAGGGUGAAGGAGGAGCAGAGAGUGGAGAGGAGAAGAUGGAUGAGAUGAAGAAUGCUGACGACCAAGCACCUCCAGACAACGUCAUAGAGAAGCUGGACAUUCAGAUCCUCUCUCCAAAGCCUCCCGUCGAUGAGACCGACAAGGCGACCUUGAAGUCCAUCAGCCUUGCCGACGUGACCUCCGAGAAGGAGAGCAAGAAGGACAAGAAGUUGACAGCCAGCAAGAAGAGCCCUCGCAAGUCGACGGCAAGGAGCGGAGGCAGCAAGGCAAUGAGUAAGACCAGUAUCAAGAGCGAGGACAAGGCCAAGCAGGAUGAUGAGGUUGCUACAGUGGACCAGCCCCUGAGUGACCGUGACCCUCCAGUCGUAGAGGAUGAGGUACCGACUGCCCGAGCUCCUAGCCCACUCACAGCUCUGAGGCCUGGUACAGCAGCCAGGCAGAGGCUCAACAAGCUCCAGUACAUCCAGGCCAUCACAGAGCCAACUGCUGUCGGCAUUGAAGAGGUGUUUGACAUCCUACCCUUGUACGGCACCCUGCUCCCUGGCGAGUCGGAUACUGUGACCUUCACCUUUUAUGGUCAUGCAGAGAUAGGGUCAGAGGCUAAAGCCCUUUGCAACGUGGAGGGUGGACCCUGCUACGAGCUUGACCUGCAGGGGGAGGCAUCCAUCGUCCAGUAUGAGUUUGACCUCAAGAACAUUGAUUAUGGCAGACAGAUGUAUGACCACGUCUGCAUGGCGGAGAUCACCCUGAGGAACACCGGCAAGGUCGAGUUUGACUUCCGCGCCCUCAACAUGGACCCAUCCACCAGCAGUCGACCUCUGCCAGGGGUCCCCGUCAUGGUACCUCACACCGGCCAUGUGGAGGCCUACAGCGAGCAUAAACUACUGGUCAAGUUCCUGCCAGGCUACCCGGAGAAGUUCCACAAGAGCUUUGAGAUCCAAGUGGCCCACUUUGAGCCUGACUCCAUCAACCUGUGCGGAGAGGGUGUGUUCCCACGGGUCUCCCUGGACCUGCCUCGCUUCCCCGAUGAAGAGGGGCUCUACUGCUCCCUCAUGAAGGAGGCCAAGGAGAACCUAGGGCGGGACAUCAAGAAGAAACCCUUGAUCCAGUCUGGAUCCCCCGUUCCUUCACCUACUCCAAGGGAUCCGUCCCAGGAGGAUGCAAAGUCCAUCAUGUCACUGCAGAACGAGUUCCCAUCUGAGUUGGAAUUCCAGUUGGAGGUUGAACGAUUGCUGGUCAAGGAGUUUGCCAUCGAGUAUCAGCAGCAGAACGUCAUGCUGGACACUGACCGGUCAGCUCAAGCUCUGGCCACUACAGGAGUCUUGAUGGCCAGCGUCAUGACGUCCAGGAGCAAGAAAAACGUCAAGGCUAAGGCUCGCCUGCCAGACUACAUGCUUGAUUUUGGCUACGUAGUCCUUGGCACUGUCCGAACACACAUCAUCCGAGCCACCAACACCGGCUUCUUCCCCGUCUCCUUCUCCGCUGACCGGAUCUCUCUGGCCGGAACCGGGUUCAACGUGGAACUGGACCGGGUGCGUCACCUACCAGGGUUCCCAGACCAUGAGACGGUGGACUUCAGGGUCAGCUUUGACCCCCUUGGGUCUAACCUGGGACUGGGAGAUGUGGAAGCGUUGAUACCUGUCAAUAUCAUCACUGGACCAUGUGUGUUCCUGCGGCUGCGUGCCUGUGUCACUAUGCCCGACAUGGAGAUCUCAACGGACUGCCUGGAGUUCGGAGACGUCCAGUGCGGUCAGUGCAAGGUGGUGACCAUCCAGCUUCACAAUCACAAGGAGGUAAAGUGUGAAUGGUCAUCACUACCCACUGAGAAGGAGAAAAAGCUGGUCGACAAGCACAUGCCUCUUCAUCUGAGACGGAAGCUGAAGCCUGCGAGGUCCAUACCUCGUAACUUUGAGAUGAUGCCCCCUACUGGUAUGCUGCUGCCAGGUCAAAGGGUCAAUGUACAGGUCAAGUUCAUGCCUACAGAAGAGAAACUCUACUCUGAGCGUAUCUCCCUGCGCAUCAACCAGAGCAGCCAGCGCCUGACCAUGAUGGCCACCGGCAUCGGCCUGGAGCCACGGCUGGAGCUCAGUCAAUCGCUGCUGGAGUUUGGACCCAUCCUACCACACAGCGCAGGAGAUGAGAAGGAAGUGAUCGUCAAGAACCCCUGCACCUUCCCCAUUGAGUUCUACUCCUUAGAGUUUGAUAAGCAGUAUCUGACUGAGGAGAAGAUGCUGCGCCUUAUGAAGGACUAUGACGAACACGGCACCCUGCUCCUGCCUCCUCGUAUUCAAGGCGAGAGGCUCCCUUCAGAGAUCCUGGAGUUCUACGAGGAGCAAAAGAGACGUCUGGAGGAGGAGGAGGAGAAGGAGAAAGCCAAGGUGGAGGCAGAGCUGGCAGCCAGAGCUACGGCUGCUGCUGCUAUAGAGGGAAUGAAAGGAGAAGGAGGUGAGGAGGGCCAGACUGCAUCCCAAGCUCAAGGUGCAUCAGCAGCAGCAGGAGGCGUUGCAUUCACCCAGCCAUCUACCACCGGUGCUGCAGAGGAUGGCACGGGACAGGAUGGAGAGAAGGACAAGACAGAGGGGAACAAACAGGACGAGGAUGACACACAAGACAAAAAAGACUCUGCCAGCACCGUUGGAGUUGGUGAGCUGAUCGAGAUCACCCCUGUCUCUGCAUCCAUCGCAAGGCACCUUGGCAUUGACCUGUCCCCAGAGGGCAAGGCUGCCAUGAGGCGUAGAGGGCUGGCCUUGGUGGUCCAUGGAGCACCUCUCGCUGGCAAGACGACCACAUCUAUCGCCUUGGCCAAACACUACGAGGCUGCCCUUCUGACUGUGGACAGCGUGGUACUGGAUGCCAUCUCUAACGGCAACACCCCAGCCGGCUUGAAGGCCAGGGAGAGGUGUGCCAUAAUGGCCCGAACCCAGCUGGCCAGGGAAGGGGAUGGCAUUGAGGCCCAGGCCCAGGGUACGGGCGGGGCUCUCAGCAUGGAGGCAGUCUAUCAGCACACACAGGGACUUGGUGCUGCCUCAGCUUCUGUGAUGGGCGGCGCCCAUUCUGUCAUCAGUAACCGCAAGACCAGCACCAUCUCCGGCCACAAGCCUGCGCACAGCAUGGUAGCGGGCGAGGAUGGAGCCCCAGCCCCGCCCCCGCCCAAAGCCGAGAAGGCGGACAAGAAGGACAAGAAGGGGGCUAAGCAGGAGGGUGAUACCACCACCCAGCUGUCCAGCAGCCCCCCUCCGGCCGCGCCCAUUGCUAGAAGGUUGAGUGUGAGUGCUAGCGUGGCUGGGGAGGAGGGGUUGAUGAGCUGUAUCUUACCUGAGGGACUGCUGGCUGAGAUCCUGGCUGAACGUAUGCAGUUGAACGACUGUCACAAGGGUGUGGUCUUUGAUGGCUUGGAGACACUCUUCAGUCCUAACCAGACUGCUACGGCAAAGGCUCUCCUUGGGGCUUUCAACAACAGGAAGUACAUCUACUUUGUCACCCUGAAGCUUGACCAGGUGGUCCUACAGGCCAGGGAGAAGAGACUACAAGAGGAGAAAGAUGAACGUGAGAGGGAGGAAGAAGAGGAGGAGAGGCAGAGGUUAGAGGAGAUGUCUGAGGAUGAAUACGAUGCCCUGACUGAGGAAGAGAGAGCUGCCAUCGAUCGGAAGAGACUCAAGACCAAGAAAGAGAGGCUCCACAAGAAAGAAAUGGUGGAGCGUCUUGAGAGGGAACGAAAGGAGAGGGAGCUUCAUGCCUUGAUGGAGGAGAAGAAACUGGAAGAUGAUAAAGGCAAGAAGAAGAAGGGUGCCAAACCAGGAGACAAGGAUAAGGAUAGCACCAAGGGAGGACCAAGUGGAACCGCCCAGGCUAAGAAGGGACAGGAUGGCAAGGUAGCCAUGUCCUCCAGCCAGGCAACCAUCAGGAAGGGGCCCCCUGACCCAACAGCUCCAUCAGACCACGCCUUGAAAGGGGUGCAGUCCGUUGCCACGGAUAGACCAGAGUCACAUGGUACAGCAGGCAGUGAUCAGCCCCAAGAUGAGGGAACAAAGAAAAAGAAGAAGGAGAAGGGCCGUCCCAUUUCCAAUGAGGUGGCGGUAGAGCCUGAGGUUGAAAGAGACCCUGCUAAGGAAGCUGAGAUGUAUCUGACUUGUCGCUUCAAGGCCUUUGAGCAUGGCAUGAAGGACAUUGACAAGAUGCUGGCACGAUGGGAAAGGACCACAGGUCAGAUUGUCCCAGACGCAUCUGGUGAUGACCUGGAAGCAGAAGAGACCCCUGCCCAUCCUCCUUCAGGCAGGAAGGGCAAGACCAAAGCAGAGAAGGAGAAAGAGAAGGAGCGAGAGAGGGAACGACAGGAGAGGGAGAGGCUUGAGAGGGAGAAGGCCGAAAAGGCUGCAGCCGAGUCUGGAGAACAAGGAGAGACCAAGGAGGGUGAAGGAGAAGGCAAGGAAGGAGAGGAGAAGGAGCAGCUCGGAGUACCUAACAUCGUCAUCGAUGCCAGCGAGCCUGAUGACAUGAUGGGUCAGAAGGUCCUAGAUAUUGGACAGUUGCCAUCCUGCCAGGAGGUCUUGGAUGGUCUUGGUCUAGGACCUAGUGGUCCACCCAUCCCACCUCCAGCAUCAUUUUCAGUCAUCCCCUACCCUGUCAAGCGGAAGCCACCCCUUGGCUUCGACCCUAUGGGGCACUACUACUUUGUGGCCAAUGGACCCGAUGAUCCUAAUAUUGGACAAGAAGAGAAACCCAAAGAACUUGAUGGAGAUCUAGAGGCUGGCACACCAGACAAAGGAAACACCAAGGAUGACUUCUCUACCCCUACCGGUAGAAAGGGAGGCAAGGACAAGCUCAGGCCUGGCGCUGAGAGCACUGGGUCACGCCGCCGCUCAGCCAAGGGUUCUCGUAACCGCAAAGGGUCGGUCAGCGUCGCCUCUCCGCCCCCAGGAACCACCACACCAGGGUCAGACUUUGAUGGCCAGAGCAGUACCACAGGAGAUAUGAACCUACAUGACUCCAAGAAUGUCAGACUCUCCAUCUUCAGAUGGACCGUACCAGCCGAGGGAGAGGUCACCCUCAAGCUACGCUUCCAGUCUGACGAACUAGGCCAGUUUGACCAGACGCUCAACUAUGAGAUCGUUGGCACCAGGAGGCGCUAUCAACUCUUUUGCAGGGGUGUCUGUUCCUUCCCCAACAUCAGCAGAGAACCAAGGAUUGUGUUUCCCCACCGCAAGAAGAGCAAGAAGGCAGAUGAGAUAGUCCACAAGAAGUACAUUCUGAGUACCGAGAUCCUUCAGAUGGGACCUCUGCUGGCGGGUAAGACCAGGGACCGUUACAAGGAGGGCAAGUACCCUGAGAACAUGGAGAAACUGACCAUCAGCAACACGUCCCCGCUGGAGGCUGAGAUGACCUUCUGCUUCCAGCACGAUGGUAACGGAGCGACCUUCUUGCUCGAUCCUCCCAACAUGGUGCUCAAGCCCAGCCAGACACAGGAAUUGACAAUGUGGGCGUACCCCAAGAACCAGGGUUACUUUGAGGAUACCAUAGUAUGCUGUAUCAAGGAGAAUCCAGAACCUGUCCAAUUCAAGAUCGCUUGCUAUGGAGUCAGACCAGAGGUAGAACUUGAUAAGAAGCAACUCCACUUUGAGAAGGUGCUGCUCCACAGGAAAGACACCAAGACCAUCUACCUUCGUAACAGCACCCUGCUUCCUGUGGCAUGGAGGGUCAGUGGCCUGGAGUCUCUUGGUGAUGACUUCUCAGUCAGCACCGAUAGUGGUGUCAUCGAACCUAAAUCUGAGUUUGCCCUCAAUGCUCACUUCAGGGCCAUGAAACCAGUCAACACUAAGAAGAUGAUCCGUCUUGAGGUCUCUGACGUGGAGAACAUCAUGGGUCUCCUGCAGACAGAGAACAUCCAGGUCCUGGCGGAGGCCUAUGACGUGGCCCUGGACAUGAGCUUCCCCAAGGGAGCCGACGGAGGUCUGGACUUUGGCGUCAUCCGAGUCAUGGACGAGACCAAGCAGACAUGCUCUCUCAAGAACAAGGGCCGUUACGAGAUUGCAUUCAGCUUUAUCUUGGAGGCAACUGCUACCAGCGGUGAGGAGAUCAUCAACCUAUUCUCUGUGAUCCCAGCCAAGGGAGUCCUGGUCCCUAACGAUAGACCGACUCAGGUCCAGGUCAUCUUCAAGUCUAGGAAGGAGAUCACCAUCAAGGACCAGCCGAUCCUGAAGUGCCAGGUGAUUGAGCCCAACCUGAAAGACGGUGGAGAGACCAUCGCAAGCAUCCCGGUCAAGCUCAGUGUCCGAUCCAUCUUCAGCAAGUAUAACGUCUACCCCAUCAACGAUAUCAACUUUGGGGCUGUCCUUGUCAAUCAGCGUAAGCCACGCACCUUCCAGAUCGAGAACAAGGGAGAGUUUGACUUCAAGUACACCGUCAACCGCAUGGUACGCGACAUGCCCAUUCAGCCGGCCAUGUUGCGAGGAAGAGCACCACCGGGUACCAACAAGCGUAGCAAGUCCAGAGACGGGUCAAGCUCAGGCCGGUCAGUGGCCAAACCCAAGAGAGCAGAGUCCAUCAGAUUAUCCACCAGACAAGAUGUGGGUGCUGCAGGAGGUGGAGGAGGAGGAGGCGGCGGCGGUGGCGGCGGAGGAGGCGGUGGUGGUGGUAGUCAGACCCGUCUCCAGCUAGGGAUGUUCACAGUCUAUCCAGCCUAUGGUUUGGUUUCUCCUAACAACCAGGCUACGGUCAGCGUGGACUGCCUUCCAGAGGCUGUUGGCUCAGGAUUGGAGGACCUCGCCAUAGAGAUCUCUGACCGUGACCCGACCGACCACCCCCAGGGCAUCCCUUACAAGGUGAUGGCCGAAGCCUGCAUUCCUGGCAUCAACCUGACAGACCUGGGCUCCAUCUUCGAGGAGCACCGCAUCGUCAAGAACCUCAGCGUCUUCCUCAACACCCAUCAGCUGGAGCUGGAUGGAGGAGGAGUCUUUGGGGAAGAUGAGAACAAGUUUAUCUUUGGUCACGUGCUGGUCGGACGCAAGGCCAAGGCGCGCUUCAAGAUCUCCAAUCCCUACAAGGUAUCGUGUGAUGUGUUGUUCUCUUGCAAGCUCCAGACCAGUAAGCCUUCAUCUAAGCUCCAGGAUAUUUUUGACGUGGAGCCAGCUAGAGCCGCCAUCCCUGCUCACGGUAGCGUCUAUGCCACAGUCACCUUUUCUCCACCAUCCAUGCAGACGUACACUGGUCAGUUUGAGGUGGCCAUUGAAGGGCUAAGCGGACCCCAGGCCAAGCUUCGUAACCUGUCCUUUGAGGUGCAGGGAGAGGGCAACUUGCCCCGUGUGACGGUCCUCAAACCCUCUCUGAGGAACAAGAAGGGUACGCCCCUGCUCCUCUUCUCUCGUCUACUCAGUGGUAGAUCCCAGACCCUGCCCCUGUGUCUGUCCAACGAUGGUACCCUGCCCAGCAAGGUUGAUAUUGAUCUUGAAGAUACAUCAGGUUCGUUCAAGCUUCAGAGUUCUGCCAAAACCAAGCUCAUAUACCCAACGUAUAGUGACACUCUGCUAUCAAAAGCCGACUCCACCAAGCAGCACCCCCAUGCUGCAUCCCUCAUCAUCCAGCCUAACGAGAGUGCAGAGUUCAACGUGGUCUACACUGCCUCCAACACAGGACGCAGCGCCGCCCAGGUCCGCAUCGCCGUCACCGACAAUCAGUUUGAGAACCAGCUCAUCCAGCUGGUUGGAGAGAGUUACCAUGAUGAUGUGACUCUGGACAACAUCCAUAGCCUGGUGACGGAGGAGACCCUGGAUGGUACGGUGGAGGAGGAGCAGAUAGCUGCUGCUCCAUCCAACCACAUCCACUUCAGUGACUGUUACAUCAACGAUGCCCGCCAGCUGAGUUUCACCAUGACCAACCACAGCCAGACGGACACCAUCCGCUUCCACUGGCCAGAGAACCAUCCCCAGCUCAAGUUCUCUCCGGCCAUUGGUCAUCUCCAUGCCGGCUGUGCCAAGGACGUGGUCAUCACAUUCAAGACGACCACCGCCGUCACGCUGACCAAGGCUUUGGUGGCAUGCAAGAUGUGCAAGAUCAACUUUGACAAGCCAGUGGAUCAGGUAAUGGACUGGGAUGACCGCUUGCGAACAGUCAAUUGGGUUGACCUACCAGUGGCCAAUGCUCGACCAGCCACCUCUAGCGAGCAGACCGGUGGUCGGCCUCGCUCCACCCAGGACCAGAAGCGGGAGGAUCGAGAGAGCAGGACGAAUAAGAAGGGUGCGAGCAAUGCAGCUGCCCAAGCUGCUGCUGCCGCUGCAGAGGCUGCAGAGAGGGAGAGGAACGAAGAGGAAAUGAGGAGGAAGAUGAACGCUACCAACGAGGUGCCACGCCCAACCAAGAAGAAGGUGAUUGAGACCGAGCCGGAACCAACCCACUCUGUGAAGGAAGACUCUAGCCGAGAGAUAGAACUCAAUGUCAGUGCCAUUGCAGACUAUUGCAAGUUCAAGUGCAAGACCGAGGCCGUCCACUUCAAGGAUACACUUAUGUUUCAGACCAGGAUCUUCUCUUUUCUGGUGACAAACAAGGGAACAGUGGGGCUACCCUUCAGCUGGCAGGUGGUCAUGGAGGAUGAGGCAUCGCACCACAAGAGUGUUAGCUUUGCCGAUGGUGAACAGCUGAGACUGCCGUCCCGCUGCAGCACUGCCGCUGAUGGUGCCGUGGACGUGUACCCCUUCACCGUAGAGCCGGACAUGGGGUCUAUCGGGCCGGGCAAGAAGCAGAACUUCAAGGUCAAGUUUGCUCCCCUCGAUAUCAAGGAUUAUGAGGGCAGGCUCAUCUGCAGAGUACCUAACCUAGAAGAGGGCAAGCAGGGACCGGUCCUGGCCGUCAAGGGUAAGAGUGUGAUGCCUUACUGCCACUUUGAUCUGGAGGACUCGGACUACAUCAACGGAGCCAGGCGCAAUCCAGAGCUGCCUGGACCAGGAGGGGCUCCACCCGGCUCCACCCUGGAUCCCAACACCAGGGUCCUGGAGAUGGCCUCCAUUGGUGUGCAGGUGCGCAACACUCGUCACUUCUUCAUUGUGAACCCUACAGCCACGCCCUACACCUUCAUGUGGAUGUGUGAGGAUGAGGUAGACCCCAAGAAACCUACCGUCUUCAAGUGUCUGACCACACAGGGCCAGGUGGCAUCUGGCAAGAAGACACAGGUUAGCUUUGAGUUCUUGCCAAACCAGCUGGGUGUCGUGGAAUCCUUCUGGAGGUUCACCAUCCCUGAGCAGAACAUCUCCGUCCCGUUCCUCCUGGUAGGUGACGCCCAUGAACCUGCCGUCUCCACCGAUAGAUCCCACAUCAACUUCAAGUCCAUGCUUCUUGGUAACGAGGCCUAUGAGAGAAUUUUCCUGAUUAACAACGAGGGACGAGCCUUUGACUUUGAGAUCAAUGAGACGUCUUGUCAUUCAGAAGCCUUCUCAUCCAGGCUCCAUUUGACUCCAAUGAAGGGCACCAUACUGCCCAAUGACAGGAUCCCCAUCGAUGUCUCCUUCAUCCCCUGUGAGGAGAAGGUGGUCAACUUCAACGUCCAGAUUCAGGUCCGGAAGAAGACCCUACCGAUCUGCCUCAAUGUCAAGGCCGAAGGGUACUCCAUGAACUGCAUAGUCCAGUGUGAAGACUCGACCGGUCAGAAGAAAGACCUGUCCAGCACAGGCGUCAACUGCAUUGACUUUGGAGAGAUUGAGGUGAACGAGAAGGCAGUGCGUUCCCUCUACAUCAUCAACACCGGCAAGUUCAACUUUGACUUUGAGUGGUUCUUGAAGGAGGAGACCAGGGGAAGCAACCCUAAGCUCUUGAGCAUCUCACCGGACUUUGGUGGUGUACCCUGCAACGAUCGCAAGCGUAGUGUCCUGUCGUUCAAACCCAUCUACAAGACGACCCUCAGAGGGUGUGAGCUUAUCUGCAAGAUUGCCAACGGUCCGACCUAUGAGGUGAAGAUCAUCGGCCAUGGGGUGGCGCCUGGGCUUCACUUCUCUUUCCCUCAGUAUGACUUUGGGCCAUGUUUCAUCCACCGAGCUGGGAUGCCAACCCACUCUAAGAUCCUGACACUCACAAACAGAGACAGCAAAGACAUCAGCGUUGAUUGCCUGUAUACAAGUACAUCACACCUUCAUCUCCAGUUUGAAGCAACCGUGCUGUCACCUGGAGAGAGCAAAGACAUCACCUUCACAUUCUACCCCAGGGAGGCCAUCAGAUAUCAGGAGGUCAUACACUUUGAGCUCAAUGGACUCUCUCGCGCUCAGGUUGAGAUCUUUGGACUUGGUACUGAGAUGCGUGUGGAGGUGGCCAACUCAAAGGACCGCAUCGUCAAAUUCGGAGCCAUGCGCAUUGGCCAAGUCAUUAAACGCUCUGUACCUAUCAUCAACAAUAGCCCCGCCCCUCUCUCCUUCAAUGUGGCCAUCACUCCUCUCAACCCCAUCCUGCAACAGGUCCCCACCGUGCUCAAGCUGGCCCCUACUCAGGAGAUUAGCCUCAAGGCCAAGGGUGGAGCCUCGCAGCUGGAACUGGUCUUCAGCCCCAAGUGCCGCAUCCCACAGUUUACGGAAGAGGUGAUGUUAGAGUGUGCAGGUCUUUCGCAGCCUCUCCUGGUGGUGACUGGGUCAUGCCAAGGAAUAGAGAUCAACCUGGACCAGGAAUCUAUUCCUUUUGGAGCUGUUGUCCUGAAGAGCAGUACCACACGCAAGCUCCUCAUGUACAACACCGGAGAUGUUGGUGCUGCGUUCAAGUGGAAUGCAGAGAAGUUUGCACCCGAUUUUGCCAUCAGCCCAUCGGAGGGCUACAUCUCUCAGGGCAUGACUGUGACCUUUGAGGUCAAGUUCCAACCCACUAAGGUCUGCCAAGACAUCAGAUAUGAUAAACUGAACUGCAGCAUUGAGGGAGGGCGUCCUCUCAAAUUGGUCCUGACCGGCAUGUGCGUGGGCUGCCAGCCUCAGAAGGAGAUACUGCACUUCAGCACACAUGUCCGGGUCAAAGACACACGCAGUCUGACCCUCCACAACCGCACCAACCAACGCUGGGAGCAGCUUAGACCGGUGAUCGAGGGGGAACACUGGACCGGUGCGGAGGCCAUCACUGUGGAGCCCCAGCAUAGCAAGGCCUAUGAACUCAUCUACAGGCCACUCAUCAUGACCGCUGAGGGCAAGAAACAUACGGGCAGUGUAUUCUUUGCUCUACCCGAUGGUUCAGGACUCAUGUACAACAUGGUAGGUGUCUCUGAAGCACCCAAGGCAGCAGGGAACAUCACUAGAGAUAUCCCCAGCAAGACACACUACACAGAGAGUCUCUCUGUAUCCAACUGGCUCAAGCGGCCCCAGAGAUUCAAGGCCAUUAUCGAGAUGAUUAAACCUGAUAAACUGGACCCAGCUACCACUCUGAAAGGCUUGGACUACAUUGAUGUUCCUGGUCUUAGUAAGAGGGACUACAAACUCAACUUCUUCUGCCACAAGGAAGCUUCAUAUGCUGCUAAGAUUCUCUUCCGCAAUGAGCAGACCAAUGAGUUCCAGUUCUACUACAUCACCUUCAAGAGUACCCCACCGGGUAUCAUUGACUUGGUGGAGAUGAGUACACCGGUCCGUCUCAGUACCUCUCACACCAUCACCCUAGAGAACCCUCUGUCCUUACCCGUCACCUUCCAGACUAUCUGUGCCAUCAAUGAUAUCAUGGUCCCACCGCAGCUUAUGGUCCCUCCCCAGUCAGAGGGUGUCCUGAACUUCGAGUACCUUCCUCUCAAAACUGGAGAGGUAUCCGGCAAGAUGACCCUGGCCAGCAAUGAGCUCGGUCAGUACGCCUAUGACCUCCAGCUGACUGCCACCGCAGCAGGACCGGAGAAGGCUGUGUUCUUCAGGGCGUCGCUUGGUGGAAACCACACCCAGACCACCAAGUUCACCAACUUUGCCAAAGUGAAGACAGAAUAUUCCUGCAAGAUUGACAACAAUGACUUCCACUGUGAUAAGACCAUCACUGCUGCUCCUGGCUCCAGUGGCGGUAGCGAGGUCGGCUUUGACAUCACCUUCGAACCCUCCCGUUUGGGCGAGACCCGCGGCACCCUCACCCUUCACUCACCUCUCGGCGGGGAGUACACCUUCCCCCUCUUUGGCACUUGCAUCGCCCCCAAGCCCCAGGGACCGUACACCAUCAAGGCCGGCUCCACCACCUCCAUCCCCUUUAGGAACAUCUUCUCCCACACCACAGCGUUCAUCUACCAGGUGGACAACCCCUCCUUCAGCUGCAAGCCUGGAGACCAGAUCCGGGGCAAGAAGACCCAUAACAUCAUCAUCGGCUACGAGGGCAACAAUGACGGCACCAAGGCCCCCAAGAUGGGCAAGCUGGUGGUGACCUGUGCCAGGUCUGCCGGAGGCGCUGCCAAUGUCUCCUGGACAUACUAUCUCAAAGGCAUCACACCCUGAGUAUCUAUAGUAGAGGGAAGGGUUAGACUGAACCAACCCUGACUUACAAUGAACUGUAAAAAAAAAUGCAGUGCAGAGGAAUAGCUUAUGGUGGAUAAUUCCUUUGUUUAUAGAAGUUACAAAUGAAUUGGUAAUCUUUCCAAUUAUUCUUCAUCCUUACUGAUGCAUCUUGCUUUAAUUUUAUAAGAGAUGCUGUGGCUUUGAAAUACAAGUUCCCAAUGAACUGUACUACUUUAGGUUCUUUCUCCUGCUCAUGGAUGCAUCAGACUUUAACGUUAGUGUGUUUCAUGGAUGCUGUCGUGUUCAGUACCUUCAACAAGCCACAUAAAAAAUGCACCUGCAAAUUCUUCAUUUUAUCACUGCAUUAUUCAUCUUUGUAUGCAAGCACUUAUUCUAUAUUUUCUUGUGAGAGAAUUGAAAUUGACCAAUAAGCAUGAAUUCAUUCCAUUCAGAACACCUUGAAACAAUCUUUCAUGAAGACUUUUGUAAUUCUAGUUUAUUCCUAUAUGUAUAUUUAUAUAUUCUCUUGUCAAAAUACAGGAUUUGAAUUUAUAUAUCAAAUUGAUAAAUUAUUUGGAGAGAUAAUUAUCUAUUGUAAAAGUAAAACAUAACUUCUUCUGAAUAACUGAAGGUAUAUUUGAUAUUCUAAUGCUAUUUAGGGUUGUACAGAAGAGAAGUAGAAUGCAAAGAUCUUGUUUUAUUCAUUUAUUGUAAACUGUACAUAUAUACAUAUUAUACAAACAUUACAUUGCAUUUAAAUGAGGCCUUGAUUUUCAUAAAGGUACAGCACAGCAUGGAUUUCUUUAAAAAAUUGUGUUAAAAGUAACUCAUGUCACAUGAUACUUUCAACACAAGGUGCACUUAUUAUCGUGUUACAGAAGCCUUUCUUUCUUUUCCAAUGAAAUUGAAAAUAAAUUAAAGUGAAUAUAGAUGCUUUCACUCUUUGAAUGUGUAUGAAUAGCUAUUUUGUCUACAUAUUGUUUUAUGGAAAUAAAUUCCGUCCUAUAUUUUGUUGUUGAAAUGUGUGAGAAUUUCUUCCUUGUUAUUGAAUAAAAUGUGAUGAUACACAACACA